GAAAAGGACCUGGGGGGGCUGAUCGAGAGCUGCUGAACGUGAGGCAGUGUGUGCCCAGGUGGCAAAAGCCAGUGGCUUCCUGGCCUGUGUCAAAACCAGUGUUGUGAGCAGGACGAGGGAGGUGAUUGUGCCACUGUACUUGGCACUGUUGAGGCCACACCUUGAGUACUGUGUUGAGUUUUGAAGCCCUCGAUUUAAGAAGGACAUUGAGCUGCUGGAGUGGGUCCAGAGAAGGGCAAUGGAAGUGGUGAAGCUGGAGCACAAGUCUUAAGAGGAGCGGCUGAGGGAGCUGGGGAUGUUUAGCUUGGAGAAGACGAAGCUCAGGGGGACUAUUUUACUCUGCACAAAUCCCUGGAAGGAGGCUGUGGCCAGUCCAGGUGGGAGACAGCCUCUGACAAGAGGAAAUGACCUCAAGUUGUACCAGGGGAGGUUUAGGUUGGGCAUUAGGAAGAAUUUCUUCACAGAAAAGAUGAUUAGACUUUGGAAUAAGCUGCUGAAGGAGGUGGUGGAGCCACCGACCCUGGAGAUUUUCAGGGAAAGACUGGAAUUGGCACUUGGUGCUGUGGUCUAAUUGACAUGGUGGUGUUUGACCACAGGUUGGACUAAGUAGCCUCAGAGGUCCUAAUUAAUUCUGCGAUUCUCAGACCCGGAUUCCGAGAGCUCCGAGCUCACGGUAGGCCGGGGCAGGCGCCAGGGCGCUCAUGGCGCAGCACGGCCGUUCGGCGGCGCGUUAACGCUUCCCGAGCACCGCGCACGGCCGUGCUCCAGCCCCGCCUUCCCCGGGCCGCGCUCCCGGGCACCGCCUCCCUCGGGCUACCGCCGUCCCACCCCGCCCCAGGGAGUUCCACGGGCGGUGGCAGCGCUUGUUCCUCCCCUCCCCGCCGGUGGUGCGAGGCCCCGCUGUCCGCGGCGCAGCGGCCAUGGCGACGGGCCGUGGCAGCUUAUGAAGUCCUUCCUAUCAGAAAACUUGGAAAAAUGUGUUAAGGACCUUUGCUGCCAGGCCUAGGGCAUGUUCUGAAAUGGUAAAUGCUGGAAUUAAAAAUCUGUACUUGACACCUCCCAUAAAACUGAAACCAAAUGUGCGCAUUGAGAGCAUGCCAUCAGAAAUGCUGCUGAAGAUAUUUUCCUAUUUGGAUGCUGUGUCCCUAUUGGCUGUUGGUUGUGUGAAUAAGCGCUUCUAUGAGCUGGCCAAUGACAAUGGAAUUUGGCUGAAACUCUAUUCCAGAUCUUUGCACCCAAAAUGGACAAUUUGGAAAAUGAAGUCUAAACAAGCAGAAACUGUUUCUUUGGCCUGUGCUGCUGUACAUGAUAAAAAGCCUGGAUACUGGAAGAAAGAAUACAUCUUCAAACAAACAUCUGCCUUCAAAGCUAGAGUAAUGCGGCUUGUUAAAUUUCUAGAUCCUUAUACAGGUCUUCCAUGUAAAAACAAAGAAGCUAUGAAAGUCUCUGGGUUGAGUUGGAUAAUUGUUCUAGAGGACAAAAAUGGAAAAGAACAUGUAGUAGAGAAGCCAAACCUAUCAUUUAAGGACACAUCUGUUACCGUACUUUGGCAUGGUACAGACUGGCCAUGCUUAGACAUGCUGUCAACCCUAAAACUGUUUGGAGUUACACCAUUGCUUCCUGACCAAAGCAUACCUCCCAACAAGAGUGGACCUCGUCGAUUUUCCUUGAUUGCUGAGUACCAUCUUGCUAACCUGACUGAAAAUAGUGUAGUGGUUGGUGCUGAUGAGCUUGUCCAGCUCUUCAGUCUGAGUCCAGGACUGUUAGUAGGAACUUGGAAGGAAAAAAGUGAAAUUGCUUUUGUUAUGGCGAAUCUUCAUUAUAAUCAACUUCUUGAGAGAAGCAUUUUGGGUUCUGCUACUGUUCAAUAUGCUCCUCCACCUAAUAAACCUUUACUGGAUGAUAUUGACUCAGAAUAUGGACUGCAUGACUACAGCCUGCAUCUUGAUCUGCAUGGCAGAAACUGCAUGUACCUGUGUGGAUCCUUCAAGUGCCUCUUCUGCAGAAAACGUGACAUUGAAAAUGGAUACCUGAGGCUCAGAGUUGUGAACUUAAAGGAUAAUAGGAAGCACUUGCCUAUUGUUGGGACACUUGGCAUAUGCUGGGAAACAGAUGUGUUUAAAGGCAAUGUAAAGGACUGCUUUGUGAUGGAUCUGACUCUCUUGGAUGAAACUGGAAAGCCCUUCUGGUGUUUUAGUGCUCCAGUCCACAUGGAAUUGUCUACCAAGUCAUCUGGCCUUUAUGACUACAUGGGUCAUAUCUAUACUGCAGACUAUGCAGAUUCAGAGGGUAAAGUCUGUGUUGAGUUUGUAUGGUUGGAAGAAACCAAUGAAUAUAUUAUAGUCAGUUUGGUGCUUUAUGUAAGCACUGAAAAGGUAAAUAGCUGGUGUGGAACAAAUUACUGAAUUAAUUAGGUCACUAAUUUCCUUGCUUUAAGAACCAGACAAACAACUCUGCUACAAGAAAAACCACAAUAAACCAUUGAUGCUUAAGAUUGACACCAACAAGAAAGACUGUUGCUGCAAGUUUUCCAGUAACAAGUGCAAUUGCCUAAAUUUAUGUAACAGGCAAUUGAGGAAUUAAAGAGACAUUGAUAUAAGUGAGAGGUUUUCUUCUCUGUUGAACAUUACAUGGUUAGUCUGUUUCUCACUGGCUAUAUUGAAAUUAUUUUUAGGAGGAGUUUUCUUUAUAGACACUUGUUACUAUGGUUAAGGAAUUGCUUCUUUUGAGAGCCAUGCUGUGAAGAUGCCUUACCUUACAAAAGCUACACUGGUUUUGAGAGCAUUGACUUGUAUGCUUAGUAAUAAAACAGCAUGUGUGCUGUUCCCUCCAGGUUUGUUGGAGUGUAAUUGGUAAAUGAGAAGUUUUGUUAAACACAUUUUGUUAAACCCUUUUCCCGGAAAAACUUCACUGGAAUAUAUUUUAGGAAACGAUUGAAAGGCUAGAUGGGAAGUCAGAUCUGAAAAAUGUGUCAGUCAAGGCAUUUGUUAAGAAAGCUGUGUAAAAUCUGUUUAUGACUUUUCUUUAUAUUCCUGUUUGUUCUGUUUUCCCAUGCUCUAACAUUGAUUGAGACUAGAUACUUGCCUCACAUAUUGGCCUAUUGAAUGUAUGCAGCAUUCAGUUGUUUUGGAAACAGUGCAUAUCUGAUACUGUUUAUCUAAAAAUAUAAAUCCAUGUAAAAAUUGAAUAUA